AUGUCACCGAGAAGCAUUGUUAUCACCGCAUCAUUAAUUCUUCGAUCAGGAGGGGCCUCAGGUAUUGGACUGGGCAUUACCCGGCACUUUAUCUCACAGCCUGAGACUCACAUCACCAUCCUCGAUAUCAACCCAAAAACCGGUUCUGAGACUCUUCAAGAACUUCAAGCCGAGCAUCCAUCAGCUAGCAUCUCAUUCGAGGAAUGCGACGUGUCUUCUUGGGAAAGCCAAGCUGCUGUAUUCGAGAAAAUAUAUGCAGAGCAAGGCAGAAUCGAUAUUGUCUUCGCCAAUGCGGGGAUUACAGAGAAGGGAAGCUUAUUGCCCGCAAAGCAUGAUGGCAACGAAGGACCACCCAAGCCAAACCUCGCUACCUUGAGUGUGAACUUGGUGGGAGCCAUAUACACUUCUUCAAACGGAUUGAUCGUCUGUACUGCCUCAAAUGCAGGCCUCUAUCCAUUCCCCAUGGCGCCGAUGUAUGCAACCACGAAAGCUGGUGUGGUCAACCUCGUACGAUCUCUGGCUCGCCCGUUGGUAGCUGAAAAGAUCCGGAUCAAUGCAUUGGCUCCUGCUGUGAUUGUCAAUAUGGUUAGCAGGAAGAGCAAAGGCUUUCGAAACAGUAGCGGCUGCGGUGACGGCGGCUGCGGUGAGGUUUCGAACUUGGGGUCUGUAAGUGCCGUCAUGGAUUCCGGCCGCUUUGAGGUUACUGUUCACUCGAGCAAAGUCGGAAAUGUUUCGUGGCGGGUUGUGCGGUGCGAAACGUGCUGUCAUCUGCAUGAUUCUGGUGGCCGGGUCCGAGGAAAGAGAUGA